AUGGCGACAAUAAAUGAUGAAACGGAAGCGACAUCAAGCGAUGGAUCGGAUGAUCCAGAAUUUCGGGAAUUGGAAGAACGCUCGCAAAUUGUUGAAAAAUAUGAGAGGGGACCGGAACAGGAGGUGGAAGAAUGGGAAAAUCCUGAUCUCGAAUUAUAUAAAGUUACUGAUCGAUACGGGUUUAUGCACAAGGAUGUGCAAGAAAUCAGUGCGCAAGAGUUAGCAGAAAAAAAACGAAUGAUAAAAGAAGUUUCACGCGAACAGAAAUGGUUACGAAUGAUAACAAGAUGGAAUGAUGGAAUAGGUGCUAGCGAUAAGUUAAGAAAACGGCUUUGGAAAGGUGUCCCUGAAAAAUUCAGGUCGUUGAUAUGGACGAAGUUGCUUGAAAUUAAUCGUUAUCGACAGGAGCAGAAAAAUAAUGUUUAUCGUGAAUUACUGAUGCGUGCUCGGCUCAUUUCGAAAGAUAUCAAACAAAUUGAUCUAGAUAUUAAUCGAACAUAUCGAGAUCAUUUAGCAUUUCGUCGAAGAUACGAUGUGAAGCAACAAUCAUUAUUCAAUGUAUUAGCUGCAUAUGCAAUGUACAAUACGGAAGUGGGUUACUGCCAAGGAAUGAGUCAAAUAGCAGCACUUUUCUUGAUGUAUAUGGAUGAGGAGGAUGCAUUUUGGUGCUUACAUGCAUUACUUGUUGAUAAAAAGCAUUCCAUGCACGGAUUUUUUGUUCCUGGCUUUCCGAAAUUGGUUCGCUUUCAAACACAUUAUGAAAAAAUAUUGCAAAAAUAUCUUCCACGUUUAAAAAAGCAUUUAGAUAAAGCUGGCAUUCCACCAAUUUAUGUAACAAAAUGGUGGUUUGGCUGUUUCCUGGACCGGGUUCCAUUUCCAUUAGCAUUACGAUUAUGGGAUGUAUUCCUUUUGGAAGGAGAUGUGAUACUGAUUGCAAUGGCAUAUAAUAUUAUGAGAAUGCAUGAAAAAGCGAUGCGAAAAUUACAAAUGGAGAAUUUUAUGGAAUAUAUUCAGACUAUUAUUGCUCAGGAUUUUGGUUUCUCUGAUGAAGAAACAAUGAAAUCAUUACAAGAUUGUCUCAGGAAGUUGCACAGCGAUCGGAUGUUGCUACCUGCAUCACCGAAACCCGGUGAUGCACCUGAAAUACCAACAAAACCAUUUGGGCCAGUUCUUAGCCGUUCGAUGAUUGAUAUUCGUUUGGAUAUUGCUGAAAUACAGAGCCGUUGCUCACGUGCCAACUCUGUUGCUGGGCGAUCACCGAUUGGGAUACGUCGACAGCGGUUACCGCCAUCUCCAACACCUCUCUCAAAGUAUAAGUUGUCGCAGUUACAGCCUCGACAUAGGGAACCUGCUGUGCCGGAAAAUUCUCAAUCUAGCAUAUCUUCAGCAAGUACUGUGAAAGAUAAUGUAAGUUCAAGAGAGCAGCAGCAAACAGCAAAGAUUCUCACUGAUACAACAAAUAACACAUUACUGAUGCGUGGAUCGGAAGGUCAAGAAAGUUUGCCACAAUUGCUUCAACAACAACGCCCUCCAAUUUUUGCGAAACGUGUCGAAGUGAAAACUACGCGACCAUUGAUUGUUGACGAAGUACAACACGAUAUACGGAUAAAUGAAAGAAAUAUGUCAUCUUCAUUACAUGCAAAUAACGAAGAGGAGUUUGAAUCGAGAAGGCAGAAGCAACAGAUGAGUAAAAGGACGACAACACUGCCUACAGGACAACAAACGCAACAACCAAAAUUUCCAUCAAGCAGUACAGCGAUAGCACGGUAUUUUGGUGCAGUAGAAAAACAAGAACAAUUGCCACCGGAGGAGCCACCCAUUGAUUAUAAUAAUUCAUCCUCUUGUGUUCAACUAAGAUCUUCAACCGGCUCCGUGCAUCUAAUCGCUUCAACAGUUAGCUCGCCUACCCGUGUCACUUCUUCAUUCAUUCGCAGUCCUGACGAUUUCAUUCCGUUAGGGCGAAAUGAAGUUGUUCCUGAUCACUAUGCAUUUCCUAUUCUCGAGUCCGACCAUAUUAGAACUAAAUUCAGAAGCCAAUCCAAUGAUGAUGAAAUUUCGCAACAGGUAUUUCGGCGUGCACAUCGUGGUAGCUUUUACGAUAAUGUACCAUCAUCUACACCAAAUAGUUCAAGUUCAAGUGAUUUGUCACAAAUGAAGUUGACAAGUGAUCAAGGGCGUGUCAAUGGUGAUGCGAUUUUUGGGGCUCAUUCUGGAAAUACCUCAUCAGAUAGACAGUAUAAACGCACUUCUGACAGUUCAGCGUUACAGGAAAGUAAGCCAGAGCGGCGGAUUGCUGAGAUCGAAACACGAGUGAUGCAGUUACCGAAUAAUGUAACUUGUGUAAGAGUUGGAGAUACUAUAGAUAGUACGUCAUCAUCACUUCAACAACGGCAAUAUUAUAGUGUUCCAAUAAGAAGACAAAUGUAUGAUACACGGACAACUGUUGAUAGUGAUGGCUAUGAUAAUCGUGACAGAGAUUUACAACUUCAUCAUCGUCGCCAUUAUCCAUUUCACAUAAUGAGUGGAUAUUCGCAGCACGGUCAACUACAUUUUCCGACGAAACCCAACCAGCUGGAAGCUGUUCACUAUGAACGUAAUACUAAUGAUAGACAAUCAUCAGAACGACGUCCUCUACGCAUUCGACCUAAUCUGUAUCAAAACUAUACUGAUAAAGGUUAA